AGAUGAAGUUCUGAUUGGUCGAGCUGACUGUCACUCAUCCGCAUGUCCCACCCACCGCGAGACUGUUUCACUUGUUCUAUGCUGUAAAUAAAUCGAUAUGGAGGAUCAUCUUUCCUUUCGGAAGCACAGUUCACUUGAUACAGCUGACAGUACGACGACGGUGUGAUCCACGUUUCGUCCUCCUGCUUCGCCAUGGCAUCUUUAACAGUGGGAGAAAAUCAGCUCCAGAGGAUAAUCAGAGAUCUGCGUGAAGCGGUUUCUGAGCUGACUAAGGAGCACAUUGAGAGUGGAGAACCCAUCACAGACGACAGCCCCAGUCUCCACAAGUUCUCUUACAAACUGGAAUACUUACUCCAAUUUGACCAGAAAGGAAAAUCCACUUUUUUGGGCAGUAGGAAAGAUUACUGGGACUAUUUCUGUGAUUGCUUGGCCAAGAACAAAGGGACUAACGAUGGCAUUCGAUUUGUCAAGUCGAUCCCAGAGCUUAAGACGUCUCUGGGAAAAGGUCGAGCUUUUAUCCGCUACUGCCUGGUGCACCAGCGACUGGCAGACACUCUUCAGCAAUGUCUGAUGAACCAGAGGGUCACAUGUGACUGGUACUACGCCCGCAGUCCUUUUCUGAAGUCCCACCUCAACGUCGACAUCAUCAAUCACCUGUAUGAGCUGAACGCCAUCCAGUUCGACGUGGCAUCCAGAGGAUAUGAUCUAGACUCCGAGUGGCCCACCUUUGCCAGGAGAACUGUGGGUUCAGCAGUGUCAGGUGCCCACGUGUGGAGACCGCCCAGCCGCUGCUCCAGCGUCAAUAGCCUUGUCAGCAACUACUCGCAGCAAGUGCAGGAAUAUCUCCCAGGCCCAGACCUGGGCAGCAGUUUUCAAGCAGACGUAGGAGAACUAGGAGAACUCACUUUUAGUGCUAUAGAUGACCUGCGUUUUGAACUCGACCAGUCAGAGCUACUCAAACAGCAGCUUCAAGAGCAGGUUCAUCUGCUUACUGAUGAAGCAGCAGAUUUAAAGCAGGAGGUUGCUGAUCUUCAAGCGACGCUACUUGCUGCCGAGAGUGCCAAUCAUAAGCCGUGUAAGGAGGGAGCAGGGAAGGUUACAAAGGAUUCGUACCAGCAAGAGGCUGACGCGAAGAAGCUGGAAACUCUGCACAGUACCGGGGAUUUGGCAAAGCAGGUUGAAAGAUUGUCGCAAGAACUCAAAGCUGAGGGGGAAAAGUUGAAAGAGAGUGAAGAGGCACUUGGUAAGCUUCGCACAUCCAGCGAGGAGGAAAGAACUGUUUCAAUUCAACAAGUUGUUGAGCUCCAAGCGACUGUCAGUCGACUCAAUGAAGCACUGACUGCGAAAGAACUAGAGGUAAAGAAUUUGCAGCCCCAGCUGCAGGACAUACAAAACUCACUGCAGGAAAGAGUCCAACAGCUAGAGGAGGUGAAAAAGAAAGCAAAACGUGAGCACGAGGAGCUUCAACAAAAGAGCAGUAACCUAAAGGAAACACUAGAAAAACAGAUUGUAUCACUGCAGGAACUGUUGAAAGAAAAGGAGAUUAAUCUCUCAAUUAGCACUCAGAAGAUCCAGCAGUUAGAAAAGCAGAGCCUGGAAAGUCAGAGCAAAAAGCUGGAGGAGUACAAGACCCAGUGUCUCAGCUUAAUGGAGAUCAAUGCAAAGUUGGUCAGUACAGUAAAGAGGAACGAGGAAAGCUACAAGGAUCUGGCUGAGACCAAAGCUGCUCUGGAGAGAGAACUGACCUCUCAUAAAGCCUCUGAGAAGCAGAAAUCCCAGAUGACAUCUGAGACCAGUAUGAAGGAGAGACAUGGAGAGCUGGAUAAUGGACCAACCUCCGGGAAAGAUCACCAUCUAACCCAACACACCGAAACUGGAGAAGCAGCUUCUAGACUGGCUCUAGCCGAAGCCCAAUUAGCUUUAAACAUGAAGGAGGUCUCGAGGCUCCAGGAGGAAGUUGUAGAUCUUCGAGUUCGGCUCCAAGUGGCCUCAGAGGAGAGGAUGAGGAUCCAGGCUUUGCAGGAGGUGACUGAGGCCUCCAAGGCAGACCUUUGUGCUCAGACUGAGCAGCUCAAAUCCCAGGUGGAGGACCUGAAUCGCAGACAUGUAGAUGAGCUCCUGCAUUGUCGCGAGAAGAAGGAGGAACUGGAAAAGAAGUGGAAUACUGAGGCUCAGAAUCGAGCCAGCCUACAGACUGAGUUGGAUUCUAUGAAGGAGGAGCUUUAUGUGCUGAAGAAACAGAGCAGUGCCCUGGUCUUGGAGAACGAAGAGGCUAGAGAGGCUCUUCACCGAGCCAACACUGAGACCGCAGAGCUGGGCAUCCAAGUGUGUACGCUGACUGGACAGAAUGAAGAGGCUAAGUUGCGCUGUGAGGAACUCUCAGCCAAACUGCAGGAGAUGCUGGUGGCACAAAAUCACACACAGAACCUCAAUGACUUUGUGGAGACCCUGAAAAAAGACAAUGUUCACCUAAAAGAGCAGCUGAAACAAGCAGAGGGUCUCCCGAAAACCAUGAAGGAACUCCAGCAGAGGCUUGAGGGGGCAAAGGAGGAGGAGGCCAGGAGCUUACGGAAAAGCAACCAGAAAGAUCUCAAUGCUCUUCAGCUUCAGCUGAGCGAGGCAACCACCAGUUACCAAAACCAUAUGAAGGUUUUGAAUGAGGAGCUGCUGGGCACAAGGUCUCAGAUGGAAGCAGAACAGGAAAAAGUGUCAACCCUGGAGACCAGACUGGCAGAGCUUGAGGCCAAUAACAGCAGCCUCAGUGAGAUGCUCGAGGAGAAGAAUGCCUGCAUUGCCAAAUGUGACCUCUCGCUUCAGCAAAAAGAGGAACAGCUCAAACAAAUUCAAAGCGAUUUGGCAAAGGCUCAGGAGGAAAUAACUCUUACACAGAAAGCAUGUCAGGGCUUGAGCGAGAACCUGCACAAGGCCGUGCUAGAGAAAGAGAACUGCGAUCUGAAGUCGUCUGCAGAGAUAGACGACCUUUAUCGCACGAAAAGAAACCUGGAGGAAAGACUUAUCGAGCUUAUACGGGAGAAAGACAAACUGUGGCAGAAAUCAGACGCGCUGGAGUUUGAGCAGAAGCUGAGAGCCGAGGAGCAGUCGGACCGAGAGCUUCCUCAUUGCUCUGAGUGUCAAACGCAGUUCAGCUGGUGGCUGCGCAGACACAACUGCAAGCUGUGUGGUCGGCCUUUUUGCUACUACUGCUGCAGUCACGCAGUCAGCAGCCAGCAGGGCGGCAUCAGAGAGCGCUGCUGUAAGAACUGUUACACGCGGCACGGUGCAGCAGAGCGCCAUCCUCAGGAGGAACUCGGAAGUCCGUCUCAUGCAUCAUACAGCCCACUGUGCUCGACUCCCACCAGAGCUUCUAUGCCCAGUGUCACAGUGGCACCGCAGUCCCCAAGGCCAGACGACGCAGCGUACGAUAUCAUAACAGACGAGGAGGUGAACUGCAUUUACGACAACGACACACUGCCCUACACCACAGCUCUGUCUCCAGGAAGUGUACAGCAAGGAACACAUGAGAUUAGCAGCAGUACGAGCGGCGGUGACUUCACCUCAGACGAGAUGGAGGAUCUGCCGAGCUCGGUGCAGGACGCAGAGAUCUGCCUGCUCAAGUCGGGAGAAAUCACGCAGUCCGUGCCGUUUGGUGUAGAGGAGAUCUCCAACUUCGGUCAGGAGUUCAGAGAACUCUUCAUAAAGUCCAGCUGCUACAGUCUCAUCCCCAUCACCAUGGUUACCGCUGGAUCCACCAUCAGAUGGGUGUUUACCUCUAUGCCAAAGAGCAUCUCCUUUAGUGUGGUGUACAGAGAGGGAACAGACACCCCAGUGGAGCAAGCCAAGGUUCUGAUCGCUUUAACCAGGUGUAAUUCACACAAGAAGGAAAUCGAGGGCCAGGUGAAAGCUCGUAACCCCGGCGAAUAUGCACUUAUCUUUGACAACUCCUUCUCCAGGUUCAUCUCCAAAAAAGUGCUGUACAAACUGAGCACGGAGCAAACGGGCGUCUCCGACGGCACAGAGUGAGCCGUGAAACAGGGAAGCACACGUCAUACACACUUCUGUCCAUCUGGGUGAAGAGAAUCCAUGAAAAGUUAUUCGAGCCUUUUGUGUUUUCCGGACAGUUUUAAUUUCUCCGUUUUAAAAAAAAAAUAAUUAAGGCCAAACUCUUACAAGGACACAGCACACUAACGAUCGAUUCGAGCUAAUCAGCUUUACAGGGUAUUAUGCUAAUUUAACUUGCACGUAUAUAUUGUUAGUACAGAAAGCAUUUGUAUAGACAAGAGAUCUAUUAAAGCAGAAGGUGUUCAUGGUAGGUGUGAGACAGAGCUGGAGAUAAUAAGCUGGAUGCACUAUAAAUCAUGCUGAGCUUUAAAUCUCUACAGGAACGUCUGCGAUUAUAAAACGAAAUCUAUUUUUUCUGUACUUUACGACCAACACACAGACCGUAUAAUAAAUGUAUAGCGGGAGAAUUUUGAAAAAGAAACAAAAAGAGCUUGACGGAGGUUUUUAAUUCAUCCCGUUAAAAAAAAAAAAAAACAAAAAAAAAACGAAACGUUUCUUGCUCUUAACUGACGCCACACAGAGACGAAGGCCUUCUAUGCACAGACGUGUUCACGAGAGCACAAGCUUCGAAUGAAAUUGUAGAUAACGAACGCGCCGUCUCGUUAUCUGAGAACAGCGGUUCCGCACGUUUAAAGGUUUUCCUGAGCAUCUCAGAGCGAUUACACAAAUGCGCCAAGAUGAGCUGUGUAAUUGUCCCGGGCGCAAGCGUGGCGUUUUUACAGUUCACUGUGCGUUUCUGUUCCGCUGACGUGACGAGAAAAUCUUUAUAAGGUAAUAUCAAUGCUGCUCUGUUUAUUUAAAUGAGAUUCCUGAUCUUUAAGCCAACGAGCUGAACCAAGUUGAACCCAGCGCACAGUGGAAAUAGGCGCUUUUUUUUGUUUGUUAAAUCUUACCGAUGAGCAUUAAACGGGCGGGUUGAGAAAUCAAACCUUUCCCAAUUUUUCAUCCAGGAGAUCUUAGGUAUACGACGUGCGCACGUGUAGUUUUGCACUUUAGUUUAUAAGCUUAAAGGAUUUCUCUCACAUAUAAAAGUUAGGAACUAUAUUUCUAUUUUCUGUUUGAUUUUUUUCGAUCCACAUUUUCAUGUGCGUACUCAAAUUUGCACCGAGCCUCAUUUUCACAAGCUUUUAGUGAAGCUUAUUUUAUUAAAAACCGAUUAAAUGCAUUUUUAAUUAACGUCAUUGUUUACAUUAAAGGUGGGGUCUCCGAUAUUUGAGAAACGCUUCAGAAAACUGAGUCGGGACGACAAGCUAAACAAAAAUCAAAACAAACGUGUAGCCAAUGAGCAGAAAGGGGCGUGUCUUGUCUAUGUGGGCGGAGAGAGUGUUCAGUGCGCAUGUGUGACAUCAGCAGAAAGCGGUUUUUAACGUUGACACGGAGGAUAAAAACAAAGAAAGAAAGUGAAGAAAGACUUACGAUAAGGUAAGAAGUAGGACGUGUUAAUAUAGGAUCAGCUUUCCAGCGCUGGAGAGAACUGAAGGAGCAGGAAGUUGGUCACAUAUUCACAGAUUGGAGUUUCCUGAGUCAAUAACUCCUGAGCUAAACACUGUUACUACACAAAUAACACCUCUUUUCUAUCGUAGUAAUGUAGAGACGCAGCUACAACCGUGUUUUGUGUAGUAACAGCGUUUAGCUCAGGAGUUAUUGACUCCAAUCUGUGAAUAUGCGCACAUGCACACAUUCGCACUGAACACUCUCUCCGCCCAUAUUGACAAGACCCGCCCCUUUCUGCUCAUUGGCUACACGUUUGUUUUGAUUUUUGUUUUGUUUGGUGGCCCAUCGCAGUUUUCAGAAGCAUUUCUCAAAUAUCAGAGACCCUACCUUUAAGCCCCGCCCACAAAACCCCAUAAAAGGCAAAGCCCACAGAGCUGAAAACAACAUGAUGUGCAGUAAAACUUCCACCUUUUCCUUUGUGCUAAUUAAACAGCUGAGUAAUUCAUUGCUGAGCAGUUAUAAUUGAUUGUUUUCUUACUUUUGAAAUAAUCAAUGUUUUAUUCAAUUAUUUUAUUACAUUUGUGUGUAAAGUUUUGGUAACCCAUCACCAACAGACACAAUCGCUAUCUUUGACAUGAGAGGCUUGAGAAAAUAUGACCUCAUUAUCAGUAAGGGAACUAAGUGCACAUGGCUGCUCCCUGGGUUUUAUGGUGCAAGUGUUUUUCAGUCCACUGGAAGGAUUUUGCUAUUGAGAGGAAUAGAGAGAUCUGAAUUAGGGAUCUGAUUGAGACGCAGCCUACAGGAUAUUAUCGUUAACUUACAGACUUCAGGAGGCGGGACCUAGGAGAAAGGUCCAAGAUGGCUGCUCAGAUAACAUUCUAGCAUGAUAUACAGGAAAGUCCUGAAUGUCAGCAGUAAGAGUGUACGAGGUGAGAUGAUGUGAUCGAAGCGAUUUGAGGUGAAUAUUAACUACAUUUGUGGAAAACUGGAAAAUGGAUUCAGUUUGAUUUGAACCUUUUCCCUCUGUCACUUUUUUAUUUCCCCCGGAAAAGCACUUGGACUUUGGACUGUUUUUAACUGUUUUAAUUCCUAUAAGCACAUGAUAUCCAGCCGGACACUGGGAUUAGACGUACAGGUCUGAUUGAUUAUAGGACUCAUUUAUUGAAAUUAAACUGAUCAAUAUAAUAAACUGACAUCAGUGUCCAAACGCUCAAA